AUGGCGACAGCUGCAUCCCUCAGCCCCCUGCCUUCCUGGGUUCUUAAGGUGUCCAAACCUCAGGGACACUUGCUGUCAGGACUCCAGAAGGGACUCAUUGUGGAAUCUCCUGGGGAUUCCACAAGGGCUGAGGACUCUCCAAGUCCUGCCACACUUAGGGCAGGUGGUGCCCCACUCAGUGCCUCUCCCAUGAGAGGUUUUUCUCUCAGCCACAUCUGCCUCCUCCGUAAGCCCAGCACAGAGCUCGGCCCUCAGGAGGCUUUGGCACCAGUGACCUUCAAGGAUGUGGUUGUGACCUUUACCCGGGAGGAGUGGGAAUUACUGGACCUGGCUCAGAGGACCCUCUACUGGAAGGUGAUGCUGGACACCUGCCGUCUCCUGGCCUCUCUGGGGUCUCCUGCGCCCACACGAGAGCUGAUCUCCCUGCCGGAGCCUGCGCAGGAGCCACAGGCGGUAGAAGGAGGCCUCUCCCAGAGCACCUCCUCAGGCGGCAAAGCAGAAUUCAAGACCACUCAGCCCACUGCCUCUCAGCCAGCCCUGCUUGAGGGGUGCUCACUCCACAGGUCGUUGACUCAAGAAGACUCCAGGGUUUCCAUGUUGGGGCAAGCCAGGGAACAGGAAGAGCCAUCAGAAAAGCAGGAAGAGCACUUGAGGACAGGGUUGGUCCCGCUCAAGGAAACCCCCCUUGGAAAGAUGAGCCCUGAAUGUGAUGAUUUGGGAACAGGUGACAGUGUGUGCUCUAAUGAUUUCCAGGAGCUCGCCUCUCCAGGAGACACUCUGCAUGAGUGUGAAUCACAUGGAUCCAGGAAAGAUCCCUUGAUUCACAGAGGCAAGAACUCCUACAAAUGCAAGGACUGUGGGAAAGGAUUUACCAAGAAUCGCCUCCUCCUUCGACAUCAGCGGAUUCACACUAAAGUAAAACUCUAUAAAUGCAGAAAGUGUGGAAAGGCCUUUCUCAAGAAGGCAGACCUCACUGAACACUACAGCAUUCACAUUGGGGAGAAGCCCUAUGAGUGCAUCGAGUGUGGGAGAGCCUUCAGCCGCAGGUCACACCUCACGGAGCACCAGCGGAUUCACUCUGGAGAGAAGCCCUUUGAGUGCAUGGAGUGUGGGAAGGCCUUCAGCCGCAGGUCACAUCUCACAGAGCACCAGCGGAUUCACAGUGGAGAGAAGCCCUAUGUGUGCAGUGAAUGCGGGAAGGCUUUCGCACACCCCUCUGAUUUUAUUCGGCAUAAUAGAACCCACACUGGGGAAAAACCCUUUGAGUGCAAAGAAUGCGGGAAAGCCUUUUGUGACAGCUCUUCGGUAACUCGACACAUGAAGUGUCACUCUAAGGAGAAGCCUUAUGAGUGCACUGAGUGUGGAAAGACCUAUAGCUACAGCUCAACCCUUACUACCCAUCAAAAGAUUCACAGGGGAGUGAAAUCCUACAAGUGUAAGAGAUGUGGGAAGGCCUUUUAUCAGAAAGGAGGCCUCAGUCAACAUCAAAGAACUCACAUUGGGGACAGACCUUUUUAA